AAGGACCGCACUAGGGGAUUACUGUUAUAUCACUUCACGGAAUCACAGGCUGCUAUUGCCCUAUUGGAUAAAUUGUACGGACGGCGGCCAUCUGGCGAAACUGCCCUCUGCAAUUGCGCAGACUAGUCCACGUAUAGUGGAGGAGUGAAAUGAAGCCGCUUGGAGUUGUUGGAGCCCCUACCCAUUCUUCUUUUCCGCCGCCGACUUCCCUCUUCCUUCCCAAGCGCCUUCAAAGCCAUCAUUUUUGUGUUCCCCGCGCUUCUUCAGGAUCUAGAACAGCAGAACAUGCGAAAACUGCAGCUACAAUUCCAGAAUACAAGCCCAGUGUAUUUGAUAACUUGUUCCUCCAAUUGUUCCGCAACAAAUUAGUGGCGGGGGGAGGAGGGAGGAACGAGAAAGAAAUUCAUCACUCGACCCCUUUUCAGGAGGUUGGAUGGGAUUCAAACAAACCUGGAUAUGAUGGACUUAUUGAAGUUGCGAACCAGCUAAUGAUGAAGGGCAGGACAAGAAUCGAUACUAUCGAAGCAGCGGUACGGGUAUUGAGGUCCUUGUUUCCUCCAUUUCUUUUGGAGCUAUAUAAAAUGCUCAUAGCUCCUAUAGGAGGGGGCAAAGUUGCUGCUAUGAUGGUUGCAAGGGUUACUGCACUGACCUGUCAAUGGCUAAUGGGUCCCUGCAAAAUCAAUUCUGUCGACUUGGACAACGGAGGCUCUUGCAGUAGUGGGGUUUAUGUGGAAAGAUGCAAGUACCUGGAAGAAAGCAAAUGUGCCAGUAUUUGCGUCAAUACUUGUAAAUUUCCGACACAGACUUUCUUCCUGGAUCAUAUGGGAGUUCCGCUGCUAAUGGAGCCCAACUUCAGUGAUUAUAGUUGUCAGGGAACGCUGUGCUCUAUCAUAUCUGUCAUCUGGUCGUUGGCACUGCUAGCCACAAGAAACUUGUUGCCACUGUCCUUCCUUGUGGAUAAUUUUGCAUUUCUUAUUUGUUUUCCGUAGUUCACAAUAUCAUUCCUUCAAUCUGCUGACGGAAUACUUCUAUGGAUCUUGGUUCUUGCAGUAAUGAGUUUUUUUUUUUUUUUUUGUUGGGGGGGGGGAGUUCGCGUUAGAAGAACCCUGACUAUAGCCGCACUUUACACCUACACAAGUUCUCAGAUUAGAUUAUUAAGUCCUCGAUUCCCACUUAUCAGCAAUGCUUAUUUCCAGAAGCGAAAUUUUUUUUGGCAUAGGGUUGAUGGUUUGCAUAUAGAUUCAUAUUUAGCAGGUUCCUUUCUCUCUAUUCACUCUAAUUGGUUGAUAUUUCAUACAGUGACAGUGGACUUGAAAGCUCCACCAGCCCCAUCCUUUGAUUUGAUGUAGUGGCCUCUUUUUCCAGGGUUUGUAUGUUGCCUAAAAUUUUCACAUUUGUUUCUUUCUAUUAGAAGCACCGGAUUCAGAUAUUGAGUUUUAACCUCUUGAUCGCUUUCAGUUCUUCUCUUCUUCCAUGUUUUAAUAAAUGGUUGAAUUUUCUAAUUUUAUUUGAAACAACACACAGCGCAUUCAAGUAUCCAUUCCAAAAUGAUCAGUUUCAAUUCUUUCGCCCCUCCUCGGUGACCAUUUGCCACUUUUUUGAAUGGUCUUAUAAUUAUUUUGGUAGAAACUCAGACAGAUAGUCAUCUAUCAACAGUGACGGCAUUCUAGUCGAGUUCUUGCUGCUUUCAGAAACCACAGAGAUUGACAUUCGUUAGAUUUUCUUUGGCUUCAUUGUGAUCUAUUUCAAGAUCUUUGGAACCGUUAGAAGAUAGACGCGGCAGGUGUCAUUAGGACAUAACUAGGUUUCCAAGGUUGAUCACUGAUUGUGGCUGAAAACAGCAAUUAAGGAGCAAAACGGAGUUAAAGUUGACUGUGCGUGUGUCAAUGUUUGGUGUCUUAAAGCCGUAGAUGUUGACGGAAAAUAAUUGUAUAACCAAUAUCUCUAGUAAGAUAAACUGGUGCCACAAGUUUCUUAUCGUUGUAAAAUGGCAGUUCAAA